CAAAACUUACCAUAAUUCCUCGAGCUGCUCGUACAGUUCGCUGUAAGCGGACGGCUAUGGAGUCAUCUUCUGCAAAACCUCCGGUGGGUUCGUCCCCGAACCCUCUCGUUUCCCUUUCAACCUUUGUCCACGGGUUCGGCGCGCAGCUCGCCGCUCGGUUCGACGAAACCAAGCGGCUUGCAGCCGCUGCUUUCCCCGGCUUUACACCCCAAGCAGCGGUGCGGUCCUUGCCAUUUGCCUCCGUGUCGCAGCGUCAGGAGAAGCAAAAGGCUGCCUUCGAUGCCUCGCUAAGUUCCGAAUAUGUGGCGAGAAGGCUCGCCGGGACUUCGGUGUACACUGUGAGCAAUACAAACAAUGAGUUCGUGUUGGUAUCGGACAGCAAUGGGGCUAAGUCCAUUGGUUUGCUUUGUUUCCGCAAGGAAGAUGCCGAAACAUUUCUUGCUCAGGUGAGAUCAAGAAGAGGAGAAUUGAGAGGUGGAGCAAAAGUGGUGCCCAUAGCGCUUGAUCAGGUUUAUAUGUUGAAAGUCGAAGGAAUAGCUUUUCGGUUUUUACCUGACCCUGUUCAAAUAAAAAAUGCGAUGGAGAUAAAACCAUCUGGUACCAAGAGUGGAUUUGAUGGAGUUCCUGUUUUUCAGUCAGACCUUCUAGUUUUAAAGAAAAAUAACAAGCGGUAUUGCCCCAUAUAUUUCCAGAAGGAAGAUAUAGAGAAAGCACUUUCAACUGUGUCAAGGUCCAGAGGACCUGGUGUUUCUUCACAAAUUAUGGUGGGAAGUCUGGAGGAUGUUCUUAAAAAAAUGGAGAUAAAUGAGAAAAAUGCAGGUUGGGAAGACUUAAUUUUCAUCCCACCCGGUAAAAGUCAUUCACAACACAUUCAGGAGGUCACCAAAAAGUAAUUCUUUGAAAAGUCAACGUUUCCAUCUUCAUCAGCCAAAAAACAGGCAAUUGCCUUAUGCCUAGUCGUGAAGGGCAAUCUACCAGAUCAUCGUCUCUUUGCUUUGACACCCCUCAUGAGUUUUGGUUUUUCUUUGGCUUGAUCAAGUGAGUUGUGGUGUAGCAGAAAGACAAUAAAUUCAUUGAGAUUCCAUUUACUAAAGUAUUUUGGACUAAAUAAAUGCCUUCUUUUGAUUUA